AUGGGUAACACUGGCUCCUCCAAGAUUGAAGGCAAAAGUGAAGUGAAGCUUCAUAUGACCUCAGGAAAAGAGAUAACUUUUAAGAAUGUGAAGCAUGUACCAGAUAUGCGGAAGAAUCUGAUUUCCGGUUCACUUUUGAGCAAAGCUGGAUUUGCUAUAACUUUUGAUUCUGAUAAGGUUGUACUCAAGAAACAUGGGGUUUACAUGGGAAAGGGGUUUGUUCAAGGGAAUGAUACGUUGGAGUUCAGACCGGUUAAUAUUGAAACAACUAGACCCGUCUUAAACACCAACGGAGAGCUACAUAAUGCAAUGUUUCACCUCGGUGGAAGAGGAUCCCUUGAUAGAAUGGGAUGUCUUGAAGGAUUACUCACCAUGGAGAAGCUGAAGUCGGAGUUAGAAGCGUCUGCGACUGCAGCCAAUGAAACAAUGGCGAUGAUCAAUAGGUUGCAUGAAGAGAAAGCCGCGAUGCAGAUGGAGGCCUUACAGUAUCAGAGAAUGAUGGAGGAGCAAUCUGAGUUCGAUCAAGAAGCCUUGCAGCUGUUGAAUGAGCUUAUGGUGAAACGAGAGAAGGAGAACGCAGAGCUCGAGAAGGAGCUAGAGGUGUGUAGAAAGAGGUUGGAGGAGUAUGAAACUAAAGAGAAAAUAGAGAUGAUUAUGAGGAGAAUGAAAGAUGAUUCCUCUGUUGAUUCAGAUGAGAACACGCCGGUUAGUGUUGUGCUUCGUCUUGAUGAGUGUUUAGACGAUUAUGAAGGAGAGAGGCUUUCGCUUCUUGAGAGAUUGGAGUUUCUUGAAGAGAAACUCACUGCUCUGCAUGAUGAAGAGGACGAGAGUAAUGUUAGCAUCAAUGGAAAGUGCCAUUUUCAUGGGAAGCAUAGAGUACUCAAGUCAAAGCUACUUCCACUGUUUGAUGCAGUCGAUGGAGAGAUGGAAAAUGGAAACCACUAUGAAAAUGGGGUUAAUGAAUCUGAGAGUGGUGAGAUUGUAACGGUGGAAGAAGAAGUGGAUGAGCUAUACGAGAGAAUAGAAGCUCUAAAAGGGACAAAGGCUUUUGAUCUUAUUCGUGUAAGAGAAAAUGAAGACAUGAGUUUUUGA